AUGGAUAGGUAAGUUGUCAACAUAGAUACGAAAUGUUGAUGUGGAUGAUAUCUACCCUCAUAUCUACUACUUGUUUUAUUUUCCAGAUUACUAUUGGAUUCUGAUAAAGUAAAACACCCACAAAAUCCACGGGAAAAUGCAAAUAUUUUUGAAAUUCUCACAUUUAGGUAAGUCACAAAAAUAUUUAUUUUAGUAAAAGUAAUUUUAUAAUUUUCGUUAUUUAAAUUUAAUAGUUUUGCAAAUACUUAAACACUUAUAUCGGAACAGUACAUAUACAAUCAUAUUAUGUGUUAUGUAUAGUGUAUUAAUAAAUACAAUAUCUUUUAUUAUUUUACUUAUUUUCAUAACUCGAUUUGGGAAAUCAAAUCAAAUCUGUUAUUUUUGUAAAUCCAAUUUCUUAUGUAAUCUUUUGAUAUUGUGUUUUUUAUUAGCUGGCUGAUAAACCUGUUCAAAAUGGGAAUGAAAAAGGAUUUAGAAGAGAACGAUUUGUAUGCGCCAUUACAAGAUCACAUGUCAUCAUUAUUAGGCAAUGAACUAGAGAAGUAAGACCUUGAUAAAAACUAUAAUUGUCUAAUAUGAUGAAGUUGAUGAAAUUAAUUUGUGUUUUUUCGAAAGAAAAUGGAGAGUUGAACAAGACAUUUCAUAUAAGACAAAUCGUAGACCAAGUUUUUUGAGAGUUCUGAUACAGAUGUUGGGAGCUAAAUAUAUGUUUUGUGGUUGUUUAAUCGCCGUCAACGAACUGAUUUUAAAGUGAGAGUUAAAUGUUAUAUUCAAUUUAUUCGAUUAUAACUUUUUAUACGGCCUAAAUGGGUUGAAAAGAGUGUUAAUAGUUUGAUACCGGGUAGCUCAGUUAAAGGGAAACCAAUUUGAUAAAUCAUUUUUUUUCUAUUUUUAUUAAUGAUAGAAUGGCUCAACCACUGUGUAUUGCCGGAUUCUUGUCAUAUUUCAACACCGAUAAUUCCAAUAAAACGGAAUUUAGACAAGUAUACAUUUGGGCAUCAAGUUUUUUAUUGGGCAUGUUUAUUACAUCGACUUUGUUUCAUUCGCUCCAUAUGGAGAUUUACCAUUACGGUAUGAAGAUGCGAGUGGCUUGCUGUUCGAUAAUUUAUAGAAAGGUAAACAUAUAAAAAACAACUGAUUUAAUUGAACAGUUGAAAUACAAACGUUUUAAUAAAGUUUAAAUAAAUCUUUCAAAUACUUAAUUAUGAUUUUGACAAGUAAAGUAACAAGUGGUCAUUAUUUUUUUAAGCUUUUUUAGAACAACCAACAACAAAUAUAAUACAAUAUAUAUAUAUACAACAAAACUGGGGAUAAUUGUAUAGUGAAAUAGACAUAAAUUACAUCUUAAAACAUAGAUAAAUUUCUUUAUAGACAUAUGUCUUUAUAAUUCAAUAUGAUUUUAAUUAUUAUUUUGGACCCUUUACAUUUACAUAUUGUGUAUAUUUAUUAGUUUCCGUUGUUUAAAUUAUGUCUUAUUGUCUUAUUCUAAAUAUCAUUUAAUCUAUUGUUGCAUAGGCACUACGUUUGGGUCAUACCGCACUUGGUGAAACUACAGUUGGUCAAGUGGUAAAUUUAAUGUCAAAUGAUGUUAAUCGAUUUGAUUCGGCAUUAACAUACAUUCACUAUUUAUGGAUUGGUCCUCUGCAAACCGUAAUGAUUACAUAUUUUGUCUGGCAAGAGAUUGGGGUUUCGUCAUUAAUAGGAGUUGUGACAUUAUUAGUUUUCAUCCCUUUACAAGGUUUGAAAAUGUGGAAUACACAUUGAAAAUAACGUACAAAAUAAACAACAUUCAAAAAUAACUUGUGCAAUAUUUAAUGUAUGUUCAGGUUGGUUUGGGAAAAAAAUUGCAGAAUUUCGAUUGAAGACAGCUAAAUUUACCGAUGACCGAGUCCGUUUAAUGAACGAAAUCAUAUUGGGCAUACAAGUAAUAAAAAUGUAUGUAUGGGAAAAACCAUUUGCAAAUCUUAUGGAACAAGUGAGAAGGUAGGUGGUAACAUUUAUUGAAUAUGAAACAGAUAUUAUGUGAAAUUCAGGUCGAUGAUUAUAAAACCGUAAAUGUCAUCUAGAAAAGAAAUUCAACAAAUCAGAGGGUCAUUAAUCAUCAAAAUUAUUUCACAGUCGUUCUAUGAAUUCCAAACGAAAUUACAAGUGUUUGUUAUGAUUUUGUCAUACGUAUUACUGGGAAAUUAUAUCUCUGUAGAAAAAGUAAAUAAACAUAUUCGAUUUAUUACGCCAACAAAAAUAAUAUACUCGGGUGAAUAUUUUUCUAUUUAUUACAAGGUAUAUGUUGUGACUUCUUAUUAUUCACUUUUACGGUUAACGAUGGGGUUCUUUUUCUCAUACGCGCCUGGACAAUUAGCUGAACUUCUAGUAUCCAUAAAACGCAUACAGGUUUAUAAUUAAUAUUUUUUUUUUCUACAAUAUACUUAUUAUUAAAACUACGAAACUGGGUACCAAAACCACGAUUGCAACAACUAAAUAUAUAAUACAUUUGUACACAGCAUUUUUUAAUACACAUUGAAAGAGACAAUCAGAUAUCGAAAUUUUCAAACAGUUUGAAUGAUUUGCGUUCUAAACCUAAUGAACUAUCCACACCAAAUGACGAUGACACAAAAAAAGAUAUACAAGAUUUAAAUAAUAUUGGUAUAGUUGUGUCAAACGCCACUGCGAAAUGGGCCUAUGAUCAAACAGAUAACACGUUGGAAAAUAUUAAUCUUAACAUUGGACCGGGUAGAUUGGUUGCAGUUAUUGGUUCAGUGGGAGCUGGGAAAGUAUACAAUUUUAUAUCUAACAAAAUUAAUAAACUAAAAAUAAUACCCCUCUCACAAUAUCCUUUUUAACACCCAGUCUAUUCUCUCCUCCUCACAAAAAAUAUCAAAUAUUACUUCUCUGAUCUUCUUCAUCAACCAGUCUGAUCAUAAAAUUAAAAUUUUUCUUUCUGUAUUCCUUUUCCGUGAUGUUAUAAUGGAAAUCAUACUAAAUUAGUUUUCAAACCUGGUUGUAUUACAAAGUUUCCACUAAAAAAAAACAAAUAAUAAAAUAAAAAAACAAUAACGUUUUUUUUACAGAGUUCGUUGUUACAAGCGAUUUUGGGAGAAUUGCCACUUUCUGAAGGAAAUNUAUUUUCAGGAUCUGUUUUAGAUAAUAUAAUAUUCCACUCACCAAUGGAUAAACAACGUUACAAACAAGUGAAAAUAAACUUAUUAUAUUUUUAUAAAGCAAAUAAAAUUAAUGUUUAUUACCCCCCUUCCUCCAUUUAUUUUUAUGUAAUAGGUUAUAAAAGCAUGCGCUUUAAAAAACGAUUUGAAAAGUUUUCCAUACGGCGAUCGUACAAUAGUAGGUGAAAGGGGUGUAACUCUUAGCGGUUGGCAAAGGGCAAGAAUAAACUUGGCAAGAUAA